UCUUUUUUUUUUUUCUUUUUUUCUAAUUCAUGGGCCUGUGUCAGAUGUGCUCAUCAUCCGCCCAUCUCUCUAGCCCCGUGAUCUCCAAAACAACACUACGACGAAGUGGGUAAAAACAUGGCGAGUGGAGAGGAGGCCAGACGCCCGUCGGACACCUCCUCUUCGGUCGGACUGGAGUCGCUGUUCCCCCCCGGGGCGGCGGAGCACGACGCCUGCGAGGAGGGCAGUGCGGAACUGCUCGGCCUGCGGGAGAGCCUCCAGGGCUGGCUGUCGCCCUACGAGCCGCUGAUUUCAUGGCUGCAGAGGCUUCUUGUUUGGGAGAGGCCGCUGCACAGCAUCUUCGUCGCCCUGACUCUAAACACCUUAUUCUGGCUCCUGUCCUCCACUUCCCUGAGGCCCGUGUUUCUCUUGAGCGUGACUCUGCUGGGAUUCCUCCUGUUGGACCGAUGGAAGCACAAGCUGCCGCUCAUGAAAGUUCCGUCUACCGGAGUCAUCCCGGUACUCAGAGCUAGCAUGGGCGUGGAGCCGCGGCUGCUCAGCGUGCCAGAGCUCAGCCACCACCUGGCCGAGAGCUACCUGACCUCCCGCCUCUACCUGCAGGAGACCCUGCAGUACAAGCGGCAGCACCACCUCAAGUUCUGCGUGGUGAUGACCAGUGGCUCCCUGGUACUGGCCCUACUGGGGCACUACGUGCCGGGCAUCAUGAUCUCGUAUAUCAUAGUGCUGAGCGUGCUGGUGUGGCCUCUGGUGGUGUACCACGAGCUGAUCCAGAAGAUGUACACCGGAUUGGAGCCCAUCCUCAUGAAGCUGGACUACAGCAUGAAGGGAGACCCCGACCGCCGCAAGCACGACAAGAAGAAGGUGAGGAAGGAGAUGGAGGAAGGGGGAGAGCCCAGGGCCGAGACAGAGAGCGAGAGCGAGGAGGAGCUGUCCUGCUUCGCCCCCACGGUGGAUGUGAAGACAACGGCCCUGGCCAUGGCCAUCACGGACUCUGAGCUGUCCGACGAGGAGGCCUCCAUCUUGGAGAGCGGGGGGUUCUCCGUUUCCCGGGCGACCACGCCCCAACUCACGGACGUCUCCGAAGACCUGGACCAGCAAAGCCUCCACAGCGACCCGGACGAGGCCUACCUGAGAGACCUGCCCGAGUUCCCCUCCGUGGAGGAGCUCCCGUCCGCGGAGCCCGCCAGCCUGCUCCACUCCCGCCCGGGGCCGGGACCAGGGACUAUCCUAGCCUCGGCGGCCCAGCCGGGGGAACCCUCUGACGGGGUGGCCCUGAGCCCGGCCAGCCUCCUCUUCCAGCACCUGGCCACGCCCCUGCACUUUGUCAACACGCACUUCAACGGGAACGGGCAGCCGGUCGAAGGGGCAGGGGCCACACCGACCGACCGGGAGGUGGGAGUACCCGCCCCCGAGCACCGAGAGGAAGUCGACGAGCACGACGAGGACGAAGAACAGGAAGAGGAAACGGCGGCGGCGGUGGAGGGGGAGGUGGCGUCGGAGGUGGAGGUUGAGGGGGAGGGGGAGGGGGUCCACGGCAGUCAGCGCUCCCUGGAGGCGCUCAGCGAGGAGAUCGUCAGCACGGCCAUCUCCACCGUGGUGCAGAACACUCUGACGGCGCUGCGGCGCUCCGACCGCGAGCAGGAGCCCGGCCCCGCCCACUCCCCGCCCAGCGAGACGCCGACGGGCGCCGUGGAUACCAUCGCCGACGACGACCUCAUCGCUGACCCCCCCGCCAACAAGGACCCCCUCGACGAUGCUACCGCGGCAACCACCACGACGGACGUGCCGGAGCGGAGUCUUGAGGCAGAAGGGGCGGGGCCUGGGGAUAAGGAGGCGGAGCAAAAGGAAGACGAGGAGGAGGAGGAGGAAGACUUUGAGCUGCUCGACCAGAGCGAACUGGAGCAGAUGACGGAGGAGCGGGAAACGGGGGCGGACAAGCCGUUAGUGGGCGGGGUCUCUGGGGGCCCGGAGACGCUCCCGUCUCCCCCGCACCAACCGGAGUCCUAGCUCCAAGAGGCUCCGCCCCCCCCUCCAAACAAACAACCCCCAACUGUUUCUUGAUUUUGAUUGGUUAGAUAAAGGAUUGUAAAACGGUAUCCACUGUAAUAAGGUUCCAACUUUUGGUCAAACUUUAAAACCAGAGUCGUCGAAAAUAUAUAUGUUGGAAGAUUGAAGGUGUUUUUUCUGUUAAUCUGGUUUUAUUCGAAUGGGCAAUGCGCACGCCGGUUGUUCCCGAUGUAAAUGGUUCCUAAAAAAGACUUUGUCUCGGCUAACGGCGGUCGUUUGCGAGCGGUAUGCUAAUUCCACUCUCCGUUCCGUCCGACUUAAUGCUCCGUUGAUCUUCAGAUGCAUGUUACAGACGAUGUAGACGGCGAGUAAAUUACAAAAAAUCGUCCCAAAAGCAAAAUGGAGGGGAGUGCGUGUCCGAACUUUGGGGAUUCCGAAUUAACGUUAAAUCAACUUUUUCCGAAAAACUCGCCACAAACAGUCUCUCGCUAGGACUGUCGCUCGGGCUCGACUCGAAGUAACGGGCGUAGUCGUCGGAAGUACAAUGUGAAUUUAACUAUUAGCCAUUUCUACCAUCCUAUACUUCAAUACGACUAUUGGCUAUCAAACGCUGACUCCAUCCCGGUCAUAGGUUUAACGUUCAGAGUUACAACUGCUUUUUUUUAUGCAUCAAAGUGUGCGUGUAUAUCAAUAUAUAUGACACGUCCAGGGAAACGUUUCCUGGCCCCCCCUCCCUCCAUGUUUUAGGUGUCGUACCGUGUCAUCUGUGAGGUGUUGGACUGGAAACCCCUGUCGCCAUAGUGUGUAUACUACCAACCUCAAGCUCUCCCCCGUCCUUGUUCGCCCUUUUCACCAACACGCCUGAGAGAGCAGGUCUGUUUAUUGUUUUCUUUUGGCCUAUCUCGUUCCCCCAAAGAACAAUGAGCAACCGUGUUUUUUUUUUAUUUUUGUCUUGGAACACACUGUAACCAGAUGUCUAUUUUAGAAAGAGGGCUUUUAUUGUGAAAAAGAGUUUCGAAAUGUUGGAUUAUCACUAUUAUAAUAGCUAUUAAUAUAUACGUUAUUUAAUUGGACAAGACUGCUGAUGAGAUUUCAUUUUAAGGUGAUGUGGGGAGAGACGAGAAUCAAGUUUUGUUAAAACUUGUUUUGGGUCUGCAACAAUGAUUGUAUGAUAGAUUUUGGAUCUUUUGCACUCUGGACGUUCAUGUAUAGAAACAUAUUCCCAAUGUGAGCUUUGAACCAUAAACUAUUCCUCCUCAUUACCCAGACCAUUCCAAGGCUUACCUAAAAGGAAUCGGGGGAGGGGGGGGGGAAUGUUACCAGGACCUGGAGAAAAGAAAUGGAACCCAUUUCUACAUUUCGAGCUGCAUAUACGCACGCCCAUGCACAGACGUGACUUUGCUGUCGAUAUACAAGGCUAGCUCCUUAAUUUAACCAUCGGCCUUGAUUUCUGUUUCAAAGAAGAACGUUUAAAAAAAAAAAAAAAAGGUCAAGGUUACAAUAA